UUAUUUAACCAAUUCCCAUCUGGCCGCUGUAUAUAAACGGUCGGACGGUGGCAGUGCAGGGGUGGGUUGCCAUUCAUAAACAGCGCCUGCCAUUUUGGAUUGUGCGCGCUCACUGUGCGCGCACCGAUCGCUGUAUGGGACCUCUGAGUGAGGUCCCGAUCAUAUGAUCACUGAUUGGCCAAUAAAUGAUCACAUGAUAGUGAAAUCUGUGAAUGAUCACAGAGAUCACAUGGUACAAGGCUAUUCACAAAUCACAGCUCUCACAGUAUUUCUCAAU